AUGAAUCCCCCUGAACUCCGUGAGGCAACAGUGACCUCUGACCUCAGCAGGUCGAAGAGGCUGAGAUCAGAGUCUCCAGAACCCAGUGGUGUGUCUGUGAAGAGUAAUGCAUCUAUGAUGAAUCCCCCUGAACUCCGUGAGGCAACAGUGACCUCUGACCUCAGCAGGUCGAAGAGGCUGAGAUCAGAGUCUCCAGAACCCAGUGGUGUGUCUGUGAAGAGUAAUGCAUCUAUGAUGAAUCCCCCUGAACUCCGUGAGGCAACAGUGACCUCUGACCUCAGCAGGUCGAAGAGGCUGAGAUCAGAGUCUCCAGAACCCAGUGGUGUGUCUGUGAAGAGUAAUGCAUCUAUGAUGAAUCCCCCUGAACUCCGUGAGGCAACAGUGACCUCUGACCUCAGCAGGUCGAAGAGGCUGAGAUCAGAGUCUCCAGAACCCAGUGGUGUGUCUGUGAAGAGUAAUGCAUCUAUGAUGAAUCCCCCUGAACUCCGUGAGGCAACAGUGACCUCUGACCUCAGCAGGUCGAAGAGGCUGAGAUCAGAGUCUCCAGAACCCAGUGGUGUGUCUGUGAAGAGUAAUGCAUCUAUGAUGAAUCCCCCUGAACUCCGUGAGGCAACAGUGACCUCUGACCUCAGCAGGUCGAAGAGGCUGAGAUCAGAGUCUCCAGAACCCAGUGGUGUGUCUGUGAAGAGUAAUGCAUCUAUGAUGAAUCCCCCUGAACUCCGUGAGGCAACAGUGACCUCUGACCUCAGCAGGUCGAAGAGGCUGAGAUCAGAGUCUCCAGAACCCAGUGGUGUGUCUGUGAAGAGUAAUGCAUCUAUGAUGAAUCCCCCUGAACUCCGUGAGGCAACAGUGACCUCUGACCUCAGCAGGUCGAAGAGGCUGAGAUCAGAGUCUCCAGAACCCAGUGGUGUGUCUGUGAAGAGUAAUGCAUCUAUGAUGAAUCCCCCUGAACUCCGUGAGGCAACAGUGACCUCUGACCUCAGCAGGUCGAAGAGGCUGAGAUCAGAGUCUCCAGAACCCAGUGGUGUGUCUGUGAAGAGUAAUGCAUCUAUGAUGAAUCCCCCUGAACUCCGUGAGGCAACAGUGACCUCUGACCUCAGCAGGUCGAAGAGGCUGAGAUCAGAGUCUCCAGAACCCAGUGGUGUGUCUGUGAAGAGUAAUGCAUCUAUGAUGAAUCCCCCUGAACUCCGUGAGGCAACAGUGACCUCUGACCUCAGCAGGUCGAAGAGGCUGAGAUCAGAGUCUCCAGAACCCAGUGGUGUGUCUGUGAAGAGUAAUGCAUCUAUGAUGUAUCCCCCUGAACUCCGUGAGGCAACAGUGACCUCUGACCUCAGGUAA